UAAAAUGCACAUCGAAUAUUUGCCAAUGAGAUGGGGGUCUGGCGAUAAUUACUGUUAUAUCCUCUCAGACGAUGAGACUAAAAAAUCUUGGUUGAUUGAUCCUGCAUAUCCAUCUGAAAUAUCGUCGUAUUUAAUAAAUCAGAACAAAACAGACGUGGUCGCAAUCGUCAACACACAUCACCAUUAUGACCAUGCGGGUGGUAAUGGAGAACUACUCAGGUCUAUUUAUCCCGGGGUCGACGUUAUCGCAGGGAAAGAUUCCCCACAUGUUAAUCGAAUCCCAAAAGAUGGUGAAAUUCUGGAGUUAGGGAAGAAUAUUAAAAUUAAGGCAAUUCAUACUCCUUGCCACACUCAGGACUCUAUUUGUUAUUAUGCUGAAGAUCAGAAGACUGGACAAAAAGGAGUUUUCACCGGAGACACAUUAUUUAUUUCAGGAUGUGGUCGGUUCUUUGAGGGCGAUGGUGCUCAAAUGAUAGCAGCAUUUGGAAAGCUACUUGAGCUUCCAGAAGAUACUAAAGUUUAUCCUGGACAUGAAUACACGAAGUCAAAUGUGAAAUUCUCAAAGAUAGUCUUGGGGUCUAAGAAUGAGGCGUUGAAUAACCUGGAGGACUAUUGCUCCAAGCACGAGGUCACAACUGGUGUCUUUACUAUCGGAGACGAAAAACGCUUCAAUCCUUUUGCUAGGCUCUCUGAUCCUGAAGUUCAGCGCUCGACUCAGGAAACAGAUCCGGUCAAGGUGAUGGACACCCUUCGUUCAAUGAAGAACAAUUUAUGAGUAUAUAAUUAUACCGUCUGGAUCAGUUCCAAUAAGUUUUGAAUUCCAGUUAAUAUGGAUUCAUCAUUUCCUUUUCCAGGCGUAUAUUUCGUAUGAGCAAAAUCAAUCAAUUUCAGCAGACUCAAUGCUCGGGGGGCAUCUUCUUCGCUAGAGUCCUCAUCAAUUUCCAUUUCAUUCACUAAUAUAUCUUGAUUACCAAGCUCUUCCCAACGACCUUCAUCAUUUUCAUACACUAGCAAUAGUGAUGCGCUAAUCAUUCGAAUCUCAUAUUCGAGCAAACAAUUAUAGAGAAGUUGCAAUCGGCGUAUGGUAUUCUGGAGAACGAUUGCUUGUCUCUGAGGUGAAAGAUCGUUUCCCCUGAAAAAUAGUAAUAGAGCAUCUUUGACAGUGUCUGACGUUAACCCUUUUCCAAAGUUCUUAUCAAACAACAAGUAACCAUCAUCUUUGCGCGCCGUUUCCCUCGGAUCUGAGCCCUUGAUAUUUGUCAAAGAUUUGCCUGAAUCAACAAUUUUCAUUCCACAUAUACGAUAAUGUAGAGACCCUGAAGUCGUAGUAUUCGAAACCUUCUUCAUCCUUUCAACCUUAUCUAUGCUUGCAUUUUCGUCGUAAAGAAUGUUUCCAAGCUUGAUGUCGAUAACACUCGGUUUUUUAAAACCGUAUACCACAUUCUCCAGAACCAAGUAUUGUUGUCCGCUGUCGGGCUGGGACACCUGUAGAUCUUGAUAUCCUUUGCUUGCUUCUGGGUUUUUCUCGUGUAGUUCUUUACUGACUCCAGGAGACAUUGUUCCAUAAAAGACAGGCAUCCAAUGGAACAACUUUGAUCCUAGCUCAAUCUGAUCAUCAAUAUUUUGCGCUUCAGCCUGCGUUGAAGUAUAAAAUUGUAGCUCUUGUGCAUUAGUGGGCUUUAUGAAUAAUGAACCGUCAAGGGAUUGCAUUGCUCCAUCAUGUCCU